GAAAAGGAAAGACGAAUACGUGCAGAAUCCGAAAGAAACAAGCUGAUGGUGUGCAAUUAGCAGGCGGAAGAAAGUGCAUGCAUAGAAAAUGUCCAGUGAAACAGACAGCAGCAGUGAAAGUAAUUUGCACUAACCUACCGUAACACGAAACGCAACCAUCGCGAAAGCCUUCGAGAGAGUACAUUGUUCCCUUGGUCAUAGUAAGCGACGUACGCGCGCACGAGUAGCGGAAGGUUGGCCAACUGUGAACCGGACGAAUUGAGUGACCGAUCUUCUGUUGCUGCUUUACAUCGUGCAGCUCAUUUGUGUUCCAGUGUCCACUGAGUCGGAAGUCGCAUUUCCGUAAUAGUUGGGAGAAAACUUAACCCUUGCCAUCAUAUAAACAGCAUAAGGAAAUCGUAACAACUCCAGGAAGGCGAAAGUGUUACAAGACCGGUCUUUGUGCGUGAGGAACAUGUCCGAGCAUCCGGCCGAAACCAAACGAUUAAGUCCCAUCGACGAGCUGAUAUCCCCUACCGUUCGUGUAAUACGGGAAGUGUACGAGGGUGAAAAUGCACACGAAAUGUUCCAGUCCGACCUCAACAAGGCACUGUUUGAUAAGGUGCGGUUCAUCGUCAUCGAACCGACCCGACUCGGUGAGGAAACGGAACGAUGGAUAGCAGUCGGGAACUGUCUGCACAAAACCUCCUUAAUCAGUGGAGCAGCAUCGAUAGCCAUUAGUCUCAUCUGGCGGGAAAAGCUCACAAUCUACAGUGCUUCCUUCUGCGCGGUAUCGAUGUUCUGCACAAGCCUAUACGCCAUCUGUUGGACCUGUGAUCCGUGUGUAGAAUAUCAGGUGGAGCGAAAACAGAGAAACCUCAUGAAAAUCCCGGUACCGGAAGGUGCAUCUUCGCCGGUAGUACUGGUACACACUGGUAACCGGCUUGCCACGUAUAGCCACCGAAUAAUGACCGCACUAGCAACGUCCGUAUGUGUGUGGACCGUGUAUAGGGCACUGAAAUAAGGCCGCUAAGAACAAUCGCGUUUAUGAUAAGCCAGCCGUCUUUCACCGAACGCGGUUUGACGGUUGCGUUCUUCAUUUCCAACCGUGCGGCACACACCUGUUUGAUGUAGGACAAAUACGGAACGUUGGUGGAAAUAUAUCACUGCCUUACGCAGGAGGCGAACGAGCAGUAAAAGUAGAACAAAACAAAAGGGGAUAACGGCCUGCAAGACGUACGCACGUACCACCUUUUAUCUACAUAUGUUAGGAGUAGUUCAAUAUCCUUUUUCCCUCGCGAAAUAACUAUGAGGUGGUGGCUGACUGUUAGUUGCUCAAAACCAAAUCACAUUCAUGCACCGGUGAGAGAAGGCAGCGAAGGAACAAAAAGGAUCUGUCGAUAAUCGAUCUUGUAUAGCAAGGCAACAUCCAAAUUGGGCUGUUUUACUAUCCUUGCUACUGGUGCGUCCUGCUAGUUGUGACUGAUAUUAUGUAUGCUGUGCAGUUGAUAUCGCUUUCUGAGAAUCGAUCGUCGAUCUCCCGCGUACAGGCGAUAUCGACCAUCGCAGCUUGCCAAAGCGAUCCUAGGAAGUUACACGAUCAAAGAUCACCAAGAGCUCGUUGUUCAGAAUGUAAAGAACGGAAAUAUUUGCAUUUGUGUUUUUUUUUGUUCUGUUCAAAUGUGAAAACAUUAAUUUAUAGCAAAAAAGAUUGUUAUUUUAGCGUUUUGUGGGUUACUGUAGGUCUGUUUUCUUUUACCUUUUAACAUGCAUUGUUUUUUUGUGUUCAUGUUUAUAUCUCGAACAUCCUUUCUUUUAGAAUUUUUAAACGAAAGGCGAAUAUGUUUAGGAUGAAUGCAAACAAAAAGACGCUUUUAAUGUAUGCGCCCUGUGUGUGUGUGUGUGUGUAAAGAGCGAGGCAUUCGUUUAGUGGAAUGCAAAAGGCUGAUUAGGCAAGGAUAGACAUCGUUCAGGUGGGAAUGUGAAAACGAUGGACCAACAAGGUCCUAGAAUAAAGUAGAGAAAGAGCAACAAUUUAGUAGCUGCAUUUAAGAUGAUCGGGAGCCAAAUAGUAGUAUUUCGAACGACAAUUGUUUACACUGCAAUACAAGCGCUCACUUGUACACAGUGAAAUGAAAAAAAUAGGCUUAAAGAAGGGCCGAUACACGAGAAUGAACACCAUAUGUGGUGUUAUGUUUGCUGAUGUAAAAACUAAAGCGCAACCAGGGCGUAUUCCACACUACCCGAUGUUCGUGAGACCCGUAGCGAAAAUGUGCGAAUAAACUAAAAUGGAACGAAUUGUUAAUUUCCCUAGCCUCUUUGGAAGCACGUGGAGGAACAAUGGAAAUGCAUUUAAAAUGCAACAAUGGUCGUUUAAUUUAUGCUACAAACAUGAUGGGUUAAUGCCGUGUAAGGCUACAGAAUUUCAACAACGGUACGGCAUGAGUUAUGAAAAAUGUAGUAAAAGAAAUGAGAAAUGCACAAUGCGCGAUACGUGAUUAGCAACAUAAACGUAAUAGACGCUGCAGGCAAGAAGUUAUCUGAGAGCAACGUCGUUUGACGCUAAGAGAGGAAGAUGAAACAAGUGCUAGAGGAAAAUUUAACCAAUUUUAGGCUCGUCUCUCAUCAAUCAUCGCCAAACGAAAGGAUAUCGAUGGAAUUCCUUCGAUCGAAGAUCCUUGUGGGCUUUUCCAACAAACGAGAGAGAUCAUACUGACGUUAGCACCCGCAAUAAGGAAGAUCCUCACACUCCUUUCGAAAUCAACAUAAAUGUAUUUGUAGCAAUGAAGGGAGAACGAUGUUCGUACCGAAGAGGAGUUUUAAUGAACCACAACAACCGAACAUUCAUUGACCAGUAAUAAAAAAGCGUUAUUAUUGCCUAUUUUCUUUCUCCAUCCUCGAAAACACCAUUUGGAGUGAAAUGAUUUUGGCCAGAUAGACAGUCAAAUAGAGAGUCAAAAAUGUUAUUGUUAUAUAGGAACUAGCGGAACCGCAGUUGUAAAAUUACUUUCGCACAGAGAAACUAUCUAGUUUCCGAUGAAUCGGCACCGGGCUGACGAUGAGUGAGGAAUUGUUGUAAAAUGUGUAAAACCGAAUGAAUAGUUGAAGUUAAAUAAGUGUGUGAGAGAGAGAAAGGGCAAGAGCGAGGUGUUAUAGUAACGUUGUAACAUAAAGUUAUUCAGCUGUGAAGCAACUGUAAGUUAUCAUAUGAAAUGGUUAAAAAGUUUAGUUUUCAAUAAAAAAAAGGAGAAAG